GGUCAAGGCCAUUUGACGAUUGUUGGUCACCUGACCAGCGGCCAUAUUGUUAUUCGCUUGAGACGGGAGGAAUUUUACUCGUCAUAGAUCCUAAAUCAUCGGCCAAACCAAUAAUUAUUUCAUUAUAAAAUUUGUAUCGAGUGGAAGAUAAUCACUCAAUCUUCAAAAUGUGGAAAGUCAGAGAGAUAGCCGACAAAGUCACCAAUGUGGUGAUGAACUAUUCUGAGGUCGAAGCCAAAGUGCGAGAAGCCACCAAUGAUGAUCCUUGGGGGCCGACUGGGACGCUAAAGUCAGAGAUCGCUCAAUACACAUUCACUUAUGAACAUUUCCCUGAGGUGAUGGGUAUGCUUUGGAAGAGGAUGUUACAUGAUAAUAACAAGAAAAACUGGAGACGCGUUUACAAGUCACUUUUACUGCUGUCUUACCUCAUCAAAAACGGAUCGGAACGCGUUGUGACCAGUGCCCGUGAGCACCUGUACGAUCUACGCAGCUUAGAGGGAUACACGUUUACAGAUGAAUUUGGAAAAGAUCAGGGUUUAAAUGUUCGCCAGAAAACAAAAGACCUUCUAGAAUUUAUACAGAGUGAUGACCGGUUACGAGAAGAGAGGAAGCUGGCAAAGAAAAAUAAGGAUAAAUACGUUGGCAUGUCUAAAGAGUCUCUUUCUGGGAAUUACAGUGAUCGAUACGAUGAAGAACCUAAGAGAGUGGAGAAGCCUUCACAGUUGGAUUCAAAAUUAGACAAUUUUGACGACUGGGACAAAGGCAAUCGAUCAAAAGCAGUUGAAGCGCUGGACAAAGUGAAAGAGUUUUGGAAUAAUCGCCGAAGGAGUUUUGAUGACACUCCCGAUCACAGUCAAAUUGGUAGCACUGAGGACCCCCCAUAUCGCAGGAACAUUUUAAGUGAAGAUCUACAUGUAUUUGGAUCUAUGGAUGACCCGAAGAGUUUAAGACAAGUUCUCUCAGCCAUACAAAGCAAACGAUACUCUGUUGUUAAUGAUGAAGAUUAUCCCGACGAGAGAGACAGUAACGGCAAAUACGAAUUCAAGGAUGAUGACGAGGAAUUUACGCAUAAAGUGGAGCGAACACAUACGACAAAGACAGAAAAAAUUACAACAAAUCGACGAUCUAGAGGCAAUAAUAAAAAAAUAGAUUUAGGGGCAGCAUCAUCAUAUGGAGGAGACAGAGACUCUGUGAGUCAAACAUCUAUAUCAAGUGACCCUGGUCCACAUCUCAUAGACACAUCACCAAGUAAAAGAAGUGAUCCAUUCGGAGAGGAAUUGACCACUAAUGCAAAUGGUGACUUCGCUGAUUUUGAUUCCUUAUCUCGAGCCCGGACAGUUUCACAAUCUUCAAAUGAUUUUGGAGACUUUGCUGCUUUCGGUUCACAGAAAACCCCAACAAGCCCAUCAAACGAAUUUGGUGAUUUUGCCGCCUUCAAUGCUAGUUCAACAAAAACUCAACAAACUACGGCGUUACAAACGACAACAGUGACAAAGUCAUCGUCGGUGGAUUUAUUAUCGGGACUGUCAAUGCCCGCGUCUCAGCCCCUCAUGCCAUCAUCACAACCCAUCCAGCCAGUGCCGUCGGGAAUGGCGCUAGGCCUACAACAACAAACGACGCCCGCCCCAGGCAUGAUGUCUCCGGUCUCGCCACCGAUGGGUAUGGCACCCAUGAUGGCGCCAAUGGGACAAUCAAAUAUGGCUGGUAUGAAUAUGGUAAACCAGCAGGGAAUGAUGGGAGCUAAUGUGGCUUCUAUGAACAUGGGUAUGACUAGUCCUUCCGCCAACAUGACGCCUAACCAGAUGCGAGCUCAACAGAUGCAACAACAACAACAACUACAACAACAACAACAACAACAACAACAACAACAACCAAUGCAGCAGGGUUACUUUCCUAUGCAACAGCAGCCCAAUAUGAUGGGCCAGGGAAUGAUGAUGCAGCCGCAAAUGAUGAACCAGAUGGGCAUGCAACAACAACAAACCCCUGGGGUACAGCCUGUGAUGUCAUCAAUGUCUGCCACCUCAUCUGCUGCUUCGACUCCUUCAAAAACUAGUGCACUUUCCAUGUCAUCAACGAAGAUGAACAACACCUGGUCUAAUACUGGCAGUAUAGAUAUAAGUCUAAACGACCUCAGUCCGGCAAGCAAGUACCAAAAACAUCAGGCACCCUCUAUUAACCAGCUUCAGCAACAGCAGUCUCCAGUCAUGCCAGGUUACAGUGAAUUUGGGAACUUUCGGCCCAACAAUUCUGUGAUGAAUUAUCAAGCCUUGAAACUGUCCAGGAGAACUUGCGCACCCCUCGCCUUCUUCAAAUACCGUGUGGGAGGUCAGCCAAACAACAUGUAUGUAACUAAUCAACAAGGUUACAGUAGCCAAGGGCUCACACAAGGCAUGCAACAGAUGAAUAUGGGACAGGCAAAUAUGGGCAUGAACGUUCCCCCUAGUGGUGUCCAGAUGGGCCUGGUCGGUACAGGCAUGACCAUGCAGACAAUGUCCAUGAACACUGCCAAAAUGCAGCAACGAGCAGACCAGGCGUUCGGUACCCUCGGAAACUUCAAGUGAGCACUGUUUCCGAUUCUCGAAUUAGGUAAAUGUCAUCGGAGGUACAUUGGUCUAUGGCUGUGAGGAGGAUCUGGGGGCGUCACCAGUCCAGGAUAAGUUUUCAGGCUAUGUGUGCACGUGUGGAGAAUCUCCAUUUGAAUCCUACUCCUUGAGCGCUGUGUCUAAAACUCUUGAGGAGUUGUGUGAAACAGAGGUUUCAAACUCUCUCGACUUGGCAAUGUCUCUUUAGCCCUGCUCAUUAUAGUGCGUCAUAGAGAAUAGCAAGUAAUCCAACUUUUCCAUAUGAGGGCUCUGUUAGGUGUGAGGGCUCUGUUAGGUAUUUAUGUUGUGUUGAAGAAACAUGCCCAGUCAGCACAUUUCCACUUCCUUCUCUGUUGGCCGUUAUCACUGAAGCAAUUCCUACAUUGAAGAUUUUGAGUACCAAGAUUGGAAAGAAUUAUUCAAUCUUUUAAGUUCUAAGAUUUUAGUAUUUUAGAUGGGCUGUAUUAUGACUAACAGUGUUGAAACUGGACAUGUGCUAAUCGUUUUGUCAGUUUGUUAUCAUUUUUGUGUUUGUCUUUGUUAAGAAAAAAUGAUAAUGUAAAAAUUAACCUACAAAUGACUUUACAGAUGGAUAGGCAUUUUAUUUAACGCAAGUUGUAACUGCCAUGUAUAAAGAUAGCACCAAUUACUAUUGCACUAAAGACACUACACUGAAGAGUGUAUGAUAGUCGUUCUAACACCCAUCGAUUACAAUGUAGCAUGUAUUAUACACAGCGCCUCGUUUUGGCAACAGCAGUCUGAAUUUUUCAAUCGAGAAAUCGACGAUGCAAGAGCUACAGCCGUAGAGAGUUUUCAAUAUAUUUUGUUCGGAUAACUUGUUUAAACUUAGGUGUGAUAGUAGUGAAAUUGACACUGCCCUGUUGGGUCUCUGUACUAAAAUGGAGACCGUAUAUCCGCUCUUGAUUUCAGUAAAGAGACAGCACAGUGUUGAUUCCUCAAAUAAAUUGUAUGUCAUGGCUGAAAUUUACAUUCCUCAAAUCAAGGCGAAAAUUUCCCGAGAUAUAUUUUUGUAAGACAGAUAAUCAGCCACUAAUGAGGGGUGGGUACAUUGGUUCGGUAUGCCGAGAUGGUCUAUAUCUCAAAGCUUGGCCCACGCACGACAAAUUUUUGUAUAUAUGUAUGAAACGGGGGACCAGUGUUUUCAACUCAUUCAAGACUUUAUUUCAAGCCAUGGCUCUGGAGUUCUAGCGUGUUAGGGGGAUGAGAAAUGAGUGCAACUCAUUUUUUAACUGUUCUUUUAUCAUCCAGUAAAUGACAUAUCUUCUUUUUCGCAUGCUGUGGGUGCAUAAACUUGCUGGGUCAAGUCACCCACAAACUAGCCAUGGAAUCCAUUCCAAAAAUCUCUCAACUUCUGUCAUGUCCCCAGUCUCAGGCAGAAGCAAUCAUAUGCGCAGUGCACAGGUAAAAUGCCCCAAUAGAAUACGUAAUCUUCUAUAUUUAUUAAAAUCUAUCUUUGUAAUGAAUUUCAUCUGUAUCAGUUUGGAGUUCAAUCUGAUCAGAUGUCGAAUGUUCUUCCUACUAGGCUACAUGUAUGUAGCCGAUGGGAUUCCUACUAGACUACAUGUAUGUAGCCGAUGGGAUUCCUACUAGACUACAUGUAUGUAGCCGAUGGGACUCCUACUAGACUACAUGUAUGUAGCCGAUGGGACUCCUACUAGACUACAUGUAUGUAGCCGAUGGGAUUCCUACUAGGCUACAUGUAUGUAGCCGAUGGGACUCCUACUAGACUACAUGUAUGUAGCCAAUGGAAUUCCUACUAGACUACAUGUAUGUAGCCAAUGGAAUUCCUUCUAGACUACAUGUAGCCAAUGGGAAUACAUUAUUAUGAUUUGGGCGAGUGACUCAAUUAUAUAUUUCUUUGUUAAUAUCACUUAUGUUGUUGUUUCCCAAUGCUUUCUCUAACGCUUCUAAAAUCAACAAGUUACUGGUUGUUUGCGAUUAUCAUAAAGUUUUGGUGAAAAAAAUAUCAGUGCUUUGGUCACAAGAAAAAUGAAAAACGUGCAUCUCACUUGAGCGACUGACUGCAGAUUCAGAAUGUGUAUCCCUGUCCCUAUCAUUCCACAGUGAUAUGUUUGGUUCAUAAACAUCAGGUUUCCAUAUCUUCACUGUAGAAGCACUCAGGAGCCCUCAUGACUUUCUGGUUUGCAGCAUUGGCUGUGAAAUGUUACAUUCUAUCAUAAUGCAGGCGGCCAACUUGACAGUCAUGAUGGCUCCUGAGAAUGUUUACAGUAGCGUGGUGAGUUAUUUCAUUCCAAGUAUGAUCUUAAAUGAUGUUGCAUUGUUAGUACAUGUAUCUGUAAACUCUGUGUCCCUUCUUCCCCUCUCCAUAUGUUCUAAUAAUCAUUACUAUAAAGUUUGUGUCCCGAGAAAAAAAUACUUCAGCCCCUCUCAUCUUGGACAGGUAUGUGUUGAAACGACCCGCUUUCACUCGAUUUGUUCUGUGAUCAGUUUAUUGGGCCUGAAAAUAUGACUUGAGCACUGCAAGCGCUAUAGUCAGGCCUUGGAACAAAAGCGGCAAGCCUGAUAUAGGGCGAGUGAGGCUAUUACUCAAGGUGUGACAGGGUUGCUUGGAGUUGGAAAUGAUUUGUUUGUGUGAGUUAUUGUUUCUGUACAUAUUGUUUGUGUUACCUGUGAGUGUUUUGAAGAUACAAACAAGUCUGUGAACAUGGAUAAGAGUCGUUCGACCGAAGACAAUAAUGUUAUUAUGUAUAUGCAUUGCUGAUCUACUCUCAAUGAAAUGACAUUCUUGAACAUAACUAUUUAUUCAGGCCGACCGUACUGUCAAACUAUAGCUUCAUGAACUCUCGACAGAAGGAAGUUUCACUCAACCGAUCUACAUUUUAGCAACAAUGGUUUUCACUGACAUUUGUUCACAAAUUAAAAACAUGUACAUAAAUUUGCAUGACCAGGUGGUCAUGAAUGACAUUCCAUAUGAAAACGAAUUUGUUUGGUCAUUGGCUGUUAAAGAAGUUGGUCUCUUUGGCUCGCCCUUUCAAAUUAAACUACAGGUACAUGAAUCUGCUCUAGACUUUGAUUAUUAGAAUUGGCAGCUGAGUAUAUUGUUUGUGAUGUUUUAACGUUAGAAGAAAUAGUUUGGUCCGUUUUGAAAAAAUGAGUAGCCUGGGGCAGACAGGUUGUUCCAAAAAGAACUUCUGAAUGAGGUUUGAUGAAAUCAUGCGUGGUUCUUGGAAGUGUAAAUUUAAGGGCCAGUGGCACAGAGUGACUGAAUCGGAUGUGUCUUCUUCAUAAGUUCUUUUUGGAACCAUCUGGAAUGAUAUAGAUUUUUAAACUGAUUUGUUACAAAAAAAUGAGUUAAUGUAGUGUUUCACAAUUUGUUGUUGCACUUGUAAGACUUUAAAAUGAUUCUCUUCUGAAAUCUUUUAAGACAGGGGGUUAGUUUGUAAAAUUUCCCACUUGUUUUAACAUUUUGUUGAUAUAGAAACUACAGGUCACAAAUUGUCAUCCCUAUCCUCUGUUAAUGAGGUAGUCCAUCACAUGACUGACUGUACAUGUAUAUUGGUAGAGUAUAAAUGCUAGGUUGCAGGCAAUAUGAUAAUGAUCAAAUUUGCUGUUUUGAAUAAACAAACUAAUCCUCUAUCAUUUUGAACAGCUCAUGCCUUUUCUUUGCAAUUUUUAUAAUCAGUUCCUUAUUUUGUAUGCUCUCUCAGACCUGUUGAGACAAAAAAAUAGGGACAAACUAGCAUGAACUUCUGGUAAACUCGCCUAAUGCAUUGGAGAGGUUAUGGCAUGUACGUUUCCCUCAACCUUCCCCUUGUAAAUUUUAUUCACUCAUUCUUGGAAAGCUCAAUCGUGUGGCCAUCUUGAAUUUUCACGGUCUGCGGUCACUUCACCAGUUGGUCUUCACUCCCUCCUGGAAGGAGUGGACCCAAUGUGUGUUGUGACUGUUAACCUUGUUGGGCCAGGAUGGAUUCGUGAUGAGCAGGACUGUUCUGAAAUCUGAAAAGUGGGGAACUUUGUCCAGUUCCCUGGAUGUGCAUGUAUGCUGGUGUAAAAAGGCAUGAUUGUCCGAAGUGUACAAAGGUAAAUUGUAUAUCCUAGUAGUUAAUAUAUCUAUGUAAAUGUACACUCUUUGUUAUAGAAAAAUGAAUUAUAUUCAAACACACAUCUGUAUAAAUGAAGUAUUUGUAUGGUAUCACAUGAUACGUAAAAUACAUCACCACUCUGUAAAUAUUAUAA